ACCAUGGCGGACAUGGACGACCUCCACAACGAAUCCCGGAGAAACAUCUCUCUAGAUUUAUCCUCCUCAUCCUUCACCGGACUCCAGCUGCUGAUGGAUCUGAAGCCACUCUUCAUUCCACUGUACACCAUGCUCGUCCUGAUCGCCUGCUCUGGAAACCUGCUCCUCCUCAUCCUCAUCGGCCUUAACAAGAAACUCCACAGCACCACAAACUUCCUCAUUGGAAACCUGGCCCUGGUCGACCUGGUCAUGUGCCUGUUUUGUGUCCCCCUGACAGCGUUUUACGCCUUUGAUGAGCGCGGCUGGGUGUUUGGCCAGUUUAUGUGUCACUUUGUUACUUUGAUGCAAACUGCGACUGUAUUCGCUGCAGUCCUUUCGUUGACCGCCAUUGCCGUGGACCGAUAUGUAGUGGUUGCCUACCCAAUUCGGCGGCGUGGAGGUCGUUGGUUUUGCGGAUGGCUGGUGGUUAGCAUUUGGCUCUGUGCACUAGCGAUGUCAACUCCCACCGCUUUACACACAGUCUACUUGGAUCUCAGUGAAACAGGCCAUGAAAUGGCGGUCUGUGAGGAGUUCUGGCAUGGUCAAGAGCUCAGUCGUCUGAUAUACUCUUGUUUUUUCCUGCUUCUGUCUUAUUUUGUUCCUCUGGCUGCAGUUUCCAUAUCCUACUGUGCCAUCUCGUGCCACCUGCAGCACAGAGCUACACCUCGCCUCAUGGCAGCUACACCUUCCAACCAGGAGAAAUGGGGACGCAAGAGGCGGAAGACAUUUCGCCUGCUGCUGGUGUCUGUUCUGUCGUUUGCCUUCUCCUGGCUCCCACUGCAAAUAGUGAACCUCAUUCGGGAUCUGGACACCGACUUCGCCAUCCUGAGCAAGAAUCACGUCAAUGUGAUCCAGGUGUCGUGCCACUUGCUGGCCAUGAGCUCGGCUUGCUACAAUCCUUUCAUUUAUGCUUCACUGCACAAAAAGUUCCUGUCAUAUCUGUGCCACAACAUGUUUCAAAAACGAAAAGCUCACUGCACGCAGAGCAGCAUCACCACCUCCAGCCGAAUGACUCGCUUGAACACUUGCAGCACUCUGGCUGACAUUCCCAUGGCCAUUAGUAAGACUUCACAGGAUUGAGA